AACUUCUGUGCGAGAUAGGACCGGCGACGAGCAGAUGAUCCGUCCAGACGCACGUUCCUCGCUCCUCUCCGAAAAAACAUCCUGCACAAACACAAACUCGAUGCCGACAUCACGCCGUUCAAACGCAGCUCUCACUUUUCCAACGACCUCUAGGAUGUUCGAGACGGGAAGAGUCCACAGGUGCAUGGCGCGAUGAGAAUGUCCAGUAUCGGUGUGACGGACUGUGAGAUGCCGCGGACAUGUAGGAAGCAGUCGAUCAUCGAUUAGUCGCGCAAAGGGAAUGAGUUGCAUCCAGAAACGGGUGUCUAUGAUCAAUUCAUCCAAAUUCGCGGCAUUGAGGCUCUCCAAGACAUCGAGAUCGUCUCCGUCUCCACCAUAAUCGUCAAAGUCAUCGUAAACUUGGCUCGAGAGCGCAUGGCUUUGUAUUGAGGAAUGGUUCAGGUUGUCUCUGAUCUCGAGGCGACGUAGCGACCCACGGAGUUGCGGCUGAAAGAAAGAUAGGAGACGACGGACCCGGCCAAUGUUGGGGUUAUUUCCUGUUUGAUGAAUUGUGAGAUCUUGCAGAUUAGGCAUACUGCGAGAGAGAGCUUGCAACGUUUUUUCUUUCAAGUCGCGUAAAUGUCCCUGAACAUGUCCUUUUGCAGGCUCGAGACGCAUCACUAGCUUGGUGAUGGAGUCGGAUACCCAUUCCCAGUCAUCUGACAGGAAUCUGUCUUCCACGUGGUUACUUGUGAUGCCCAUGCAAUUCAAGGUCACAGUUUCAAGCCGUGGAAGCCGGAGAAUGCCAUGGUAUUCGAGGAUAUUAUCCCCUGCAUGAAGUUCCAGCGACUUCAAACAGCCGAAGUCAGUUGGUGCGUUUCCUUGAUAUCCACAACCGGGCUUGAAGAGCAACGCCGUAAUGAGCUGGCGUGAACAAGGGCAGCUUAUGGUGCGGAAGCUGAGU